UGCAUUGUCAGAUAGUGCAAUCUUUAAUUAGCGUCGUGGCAGCGCCCGGGCAGUCGAUAUUCUUGCUGCCUAUCCUUUUCAUCGAGUGAAUUACAGCGCAGGAUCCAGGAUUAAGUGCAGGCGUUUAAAUAAAUUAGCAUUGACCGCCAGUAAAAGCAGUUGCAACUAGUCUUGGCAGUUAUGGCUUCUAACAUACGUAGUUGCAGUUGCAGAAGUCUUAUAACUUAUUUAUAAACGUACAACGACUAAGUGGGUGUUCGCUCUGAGGAGUAUAUGUGUUGCUACUGGCGUAAAGUAAGAGCGCAGCCGGCGUUGAAAGAUUGUUUUAUAUAUUUUGUAUUUGAAUCGGAAGUGAGAUCUUAACUGUAGGUUUAGGGGAAGGAAUGUUGUGACGUUGCACACCCUGGGGCGCCGGUAAAUUUUAUUCAUUACCACUUGCUUUGCGAUCAUUUAAUAAAACACAGCAAUGCCAUUUGCAAAUAUAAGAUUUGCCUCUUCUGACGUACAGUAUAAAUGAAGAUUAAUUUGAGUAUCGACGUUUUAAUAUAACUCCUCAAAUUUAUUCGUCGAUUUGUUGUCUGAGUAAAAAUUGAAUGUGUGGAUUUGUAACUUUGGUCAAUUUUUCACCGAUCAUGUUAACACGCACCUGCUUGCUAUAUAUUUUAUUGCGAUAAUUUCGUUCCCAUUUUUUUCAUGAGCUAGUAUAAUCAAUGUGCCAACAAUAAUUGGCCAGUUCAAUAACGUCGAUCGUUCUCUGUUCGAUCCUUGCGCGCUUAGUAUAGCUAUCACUUGUCUCUCAAAGAUAUUGAGCCAUAUUUGCAGAAAAAAUAACCGCAACGAUGUCUGGAUGGUAGCUGCCCCACCUAUAUAGAUCGACUUCUUUCCAGCCGAAGCAAGGUCGAACAAGUAGUGUAGCAGAUUCUGACAGAUUAUGUACUGUAGCCGUAUAUAUAGUUCCGUAGCGUAUAUAGUUAUUACCAUUUAUUUUAAAGAUUGUAAUGCAGUUAGGUUUAAAGUUCUCUACAACACCGUGGAGUUGGAUAUAACGUUGCUAAGAUUAUGAAAGUUUCGCAAGAAUGUUGUAUUCUUCAAAGAUAAAUGCAACAAGCUGUCGGGCAAAGAGUCAAUGUACAGCAUGGUUGAACACGACUAUUGCUUACGUCAUAGUCGUAAAUCUAAUCAUUCGCGGUGCCCGUGCAGGUCUCAACGGAGCUCCUCCCACGCUUGUGGUCACCCCACCACCCACUGAGCAGGGCAAGGAAGGGAGCUCCCUACUGUUAAGAUGCUUAGCGAGUGGAGUACCACAACCUGUUAUUACGUGGACGAAAGAUGACUGGUCCAUUCGAGAUGGGCAGAAUGGUAUAAAGUUAAACGAAGGGGAGCUUCAUAUACCGAAACUACGUCGUUCUCACAGUGGACGGUAUACGUGUCGUGCCCAAAGUGUACAAGGUCAGGUCCAGCACACAACUGUGGUAUAUGUCUCAGCACCUCCCGUUUUUACCAAAUUACCUCAAGAUUUUACGCCAAAAGAAGCGGGAACAGCUUUGUUCUCGUGUGAAGCCAAAGGUUAUCCAUCAGCGAUAUCGUACAAGUGGUAUCACAAUGGUACACCUGUUACAUCUUCUGAGAACCUUCGUGGUAGAUACAACGUGUUGGACGACCACACUUUAUACAUAUAUGACGUCAUAUUGACAGACAAGGGUACGGUCACGUGUGAAGCAACCAACGGUUACGGUUCACCGAUCACAUCUUCUGCAAGUCUUCGAGUGGAAUUUCGUGCACGCGUGACACACAUGCCAUCGAUAGUAUAUGCGGGUAUUUCCCUGCCAGUCAAGUUGUUCUGCCCUACAUUAGCUGAACCACAAGUGAACAGAAUAAUCUGGGAAAAAGAUAAUUUCGUAAUACGCAUUCAGCAGAAUUCAAGAAUGUCAACUGAUGGUAAUGGAAGUCUAAUCAUCCACUCAGUAAUUCAAAGUGACGCCGGUCGUUACACAUGUACACCUUAUAAUAUCGUGGGUACUGUAGGUAAAUCCCCACCAACACACGUUGUCAUCAGGGACCCUCCGAGGUUUACAAUUCGUCCAAAAGGAAUUUAUGAACAAAGCGUCGGUUCACAAUUGCUGAUCCCAUGUGCUGGUAUCGCUGAUCCUACACCAAGUAUAUCUUGGCGGAAGGUAUCAUCCAAGGUACCAGCGACAUAUUGUGUUGAUGGUGGUAAUCUAAGUAUUCUAUCAUUGCGUAAAUCACAUCAUGGUGUUUGGCAAUGUGUUCUUUCAAAUCAAGUCGGUGAUGUAACAACUAAUGUUAUGAUAAUUGUUACAUAUACGACACCACAUGGCGUCAGUAACUUAACAACAUGGGUGGUAAGCGAUACUUCGGUUUCAGUAAAAUGGAACGCCGGGUAUAGCGGUGGUUACACUCAAGUGUUUACGUUAUGGUAUAAACGUUUGGACCAGGGCAAUCAUACAUGGAGAACAAUAUUUUCCAACACUAGGAAUGAAGCUGUACUGCAAAACUUGAUUCCAGGAACGACGUAUGAAGUGGCAGUCAUUCCGUCUAAUCAAGCUGGAAAGGGACCAUUUAGUGUAACCAAAACAGUCAAGACAAGUGUAGCAACCGUACGCAGUUCCCCUACGCCAGCUUUCAUUGCUCGACCAUCAAAUCUUGCUUCGCGAACUACACCUGAUGGUAAAGUUAUUAUAGAAUGGGAAUAUAACGACGUCUCUUCAGUCAUUGGUUACGUAAUAGAAUACAGGAGAAUUGGUGAAGACCUCUCCAUUUUAAUCACUACACCCUUGCCAAUCCCGGUUGCCAACGGAGUUUCAGAAGUGCGACGAAAAAGAAGUUUGGUUGCAGAGUGGAAACGAUUAGACAUAGCACCGAACAACGUUUCAUCUUACGUCAUUGAACCAAACAAACUGUAUCGGAAUCAAAUAUACGAAAUACAAAUAAUGGCUGUUACCUCAUUCCAGUAUAGCGAACCAAGUGUUCCUUUUAACAUAUCCACAAAGGGUUUAACGACCUACCCACUAUAUGUUGACAAAGAAUUUGUGAAAACCGGUGAUGGUUCCAUCAUAGGUGGGGUGUUUGGUUGUAUCCUGGCCAUUCUCAUCUUGGUAGGGGUGAUCACUUGGCUGUACCGUCGACGCAAACUUCAAAGAGAAAACAAAACAAAUGGUUCUCCUUCAAGAAGUAAUGUUUCUUCCUCCGAUGAAAACCAAAUAAGUUAUGAUGAUAAACAAGAUAAGGAGCGGAAAUUUCACUUGACAAGAACUGAUGGUUUUACUUCAGCUGCCUCGGACCAAACCUACAAGACUAACGUUUUGAAAAACCGGUCCGUAUUCAGUUCUGAAAAUAACAUAGAUUUAGAAGACUGUUUGCUUCAUCAAUCGUUUUCUCAAGAUGUUGGUGGCUUGAACCAUAAUCAAAGAAGUAAAGAUAAUGACUCCAUUCGAACCAGACGUGAAACUGCUGUCAAAGUUUUAUUCGCCCAACAAGAGAAUAUGCGAAAGGUUUUGGGAGUAAAAUACAAUAAGAAUGCCACGUUACCAAGUCGACCAUUUUCCGGUGUACCCGAUUACCUCAAAGAAACUUUAUCAACUUCAUGUGUACCUGAUUUAAAUGGAACUACAAGCAGUAGAACUUUUGUACGACGUAUAUCGUUUGAAGACAGACGGCACGAAGAGUCACCACAAAUUAAAGAUGAUCUUGUUUUUGGUGUUGUUGGCUUUGACUCGCCCCACGGUGUCACCUCUCCACAUCCAAACUUAUGUCAGGACAAUGACAAUGUAAUUUCAAGAGAUCACCAACAACAAAUCGAUGACGUUGUAAUAGCUGGAUAUGGAAGUCGAUUUUGUGACAUCAGUGAUAUUACGUCACACCAGACUCCACUUUUGUCUUCAUCUCCAAUUAAAAACCGUCCCAAUGAUCAAAAUCCACUCAGGGAGCAAUCUUUUAACAAAGAACAAUUUCUCUUGCAACACAGAAGACCAAGAACUCGAGCCAGCUACAGUUGUGACUAUGAGCGUGCUAGACCGCAUCGGUGGAAUCAAAACCACAGUUUGGACGACCGCUCCGUAGCGCUAGAGAUCGACUGCAGUAACAGUGACAUCGAGGUUCGUUACAUCAAGAGUCUGACGAAGCAAGUCGUUAAAGAACUGUUAAGGAAUCCUUUAAAAGUUGGAUCAAAUAAGAUGGGAAUGAAGUCGGAGGAAUCGUCGUUCUCGCGACAAAAGAGACCAUCGAUAGAAAGGAGCGACAUCUCACCGAAACACCGUACGUCACUUGAGGCGCUGUUGAGUCCCACCCAUGAGAUAAGGAGAAGGGAAAGAGGAUUUCCUCAACUUAAGUUGAAGGAGGCAGACGAGAUAAAUACAUCCUCCCAUCCAAGAAAUACGAGAUCUAAGUUUUCCGGUACAGCACCACAGCUGUUGGAUCAAAGUUUGCAACCUAGUAUUGAAAUAUCAACUUCUUUCAUCCCGAAACCGACAGUGAUAUCCCUUGCCGACAUCCCUGAUUCUUUACGAGUUGAAAACAAUGACAAAUCUGUUUCUUCCCCAACUUCAUCGUCGUCGUGUAGUCCGCGUAAAUUUAAAGCUCACCCUCAAAACUUCGAGCUUUCUAAAACAUGUUCGCCGGAUCAAAUCAAUAAGCCUUAUAAUCUAAUGCAGGAUCUUCAAACUGACACGAGCACAUGCCAAUGGGGAAGCCUUGGUAGACUUUCUAAACUAAAAACUCUUUCCCUGCCGAUAAAUUCUUACUUACCGCCGGAAACUGCAGUUUCUGGCAUUGACGCAUGUCUUCAAACCGACCUUCGGGGCGGAACCACUUCUUCAAAUAAUUGUCCAACGAUCAGUAAUUCUUCGUUCAAUGGCGAUAGUACCAUUACCACCGGAGAUGUUCGGUCUGUCAAUGCAUUAAAAGAUGAACAAGCAAAAUGCAAGUUUUUCGGAGGUGGAGCCGAUGAAUGUACCAAUACCGCCCACCCACGUCAUAACCAUGGUGAAUCGUCAAGUAGUGGUUACGUCACACAAGAUACUUUACUUUCAUCACCAGGAACUAAGGGAGCAAGGAAUUCUGACAGGUCAAGACGGGACAACUCCUCUGUGGAAGAUAAUUAUGAAUGGGAUUCAGAAUACGCAAUGGAAUCAGAAAUUCUGGAAGCUUUGAAGAACUUUGAAAGUCUCAAAUCAUCAACUUCUGUUUCAGAAGAAUUACGACGCCAGCUCUGCAAGUUUACUGUAAAUGCAGAAUCUGAUGAUUCUUCUAUGGGUGUCGAUGCCACGUAUGAAGCAAUAAAGAAUGAUUCAGAAAUGCGUGAAGAGGAUUUGAAAAAAGAAGAUAUUGAACGAAGGUGUGCAAUUCUAAAGCGGGAAUUUCUUCACUUUCGUCGACUACAGCAAGAUGAAUUUUAAAUAUCGUUUUAACUGUGCCAAGCACUGAAGCAGAACUUAAGCUUUAUUAGAUCAGAGUCAAUUAUUUUUGAUAUCUUGUGUUGCUGAGGUAUUGCUUAAAUCGAAUAUAAGUUCAUCUUAAUUGGGGAAUAUGUUGUUUUUAAAGUUUAUUUAAUUAUUUAUCUUUAAUCCUCUUUCGCCAAGAACUCAGUGUUAAUUUUACGUAAACAUAAAUUUUUCUGUAGAAUUUUAUUCUACAAUACAAGACUUCCAAAUGCAGUUAAAACACAGACCUCUAAUUUAAUAUUUAAAAAUCAUCUAUAGUUAGUUUACUGUAAAGCUACGUGCUGAGAAUAUAGUAAGUCAGACACUGAGUGUUUGUUUAACUUUACUAAAACGAAGUUGUCAGUUUAUUUCUUUACUUGCGGUGGGUUGUGUCACAAUACAACUGAUG